GGAUGACUACAUCAAAAACAUGGAGGAAAACAUUGGUUCUGAUGAAACCCUGGACACCACCAAGGAUCCGUGCCAGAAUGUGAAGUGCAGUCGCCAUAAGGUGUGCAUUGCUCAGGGCUACCAGAGGGCCAUGUGUGUCAAUCGCAAAAAACUGGAGCACAGAGGCAAACAGUCAGGGCAGAUGGAGGUGCAGGAAGGCAUCUGCAAGCCUUGUCCUGUGGCUGCCUCCUCACCUGUGUGUGGCUCUGAUGGACAUAACUACGCUUCAGAGUGCAAGCUGGAGCAGCAGGCUUGCCUCACAGGCAAAGACCUGAGCGUCAUGUGCUCUGGAUUUUGCCCUUGCUCCACAGCCUCCGUUUCCAUAACAAAUGCCGACACAAAGCACGGCAAGUAGAGCUGCACUGGGCAGGACCUGGCAGACCUGGGUGACCGUCUGAGAGACUGGUUCCAACUCCUUCAUGGAAACGCGAAGCAAAAUAACUCUGGCAAGCCUGGAGCUGGCACCGCUUCAGCACUGGACAAGAGCCUGGUGGCCAGCUGCAAGGACUCCAUAGGCUGGAUGUUCUCGAAGCUGGACACCAACAACGAUCUGUAUCUUGACCACGCUGAGCUGGCGGCUAUUAACCUGGACAAGUAUGAGGUCUGCAUCCGACCCUUCUUCAACUCCUGUGACAGCUACAAGGAUGGGAAGGUCUCUACAGCAGAGUGGUGCCUCUGCUUCUGGAGAGAAAAGCCGCCAUGCCUUGCUGAGCUGGAGCGGAUCCAAGUGCAGGAGGCAGCCAAAAAGAAGCCGGGGAUGUACAUUCCCAGCUGCGAUGAGGACGGCUACUACAGGAAAGUGCAGUGCGACCAGAGCCGAGGGGAGUGCUGGUGCGUGGACCAGCACGGUGGAGAGAUGAUGGGCACCAGAAUCCAUGGCAACCCCGACUGUGAUGAAGUGAUGGGAUAUUCUGGAGAUUUUGGAAGUGGAGUGGGAUGGGAAGAUGAGGAGGAGAAGGAGGCGGAGGACAACGGGGAGGAGGCAGAAGAGGAGGAAGAGGAGGAAGGUGAGGCAGAUGAUGGAGGAUAUAUCUGGUAGAACUGUAUGACCCCUACACGGAGAGCAUGGCUGCUGGCCUGAAAAUCUACAGAGACGGCUCUCUCCUAAAAGCUAAAAUUUAUGGGGUUCGUGCUCGGGAGGUACGGGAUUGUCCUGGUGGGAUGUGUAGUGCUUGGCAGGUCCAGUGAUGAAACGAUGACCAGUUUUUUUUGUCUUAGAUAUGUGUAAUUGCUUCAUUCUAUUCUCUGUUUUUUGAGCAACAGAGCUUUUUUUGGUUUGUUUUGCUGUCCUGAAAACCAGGACCCACUGACUACUGCACCAUUGGUAGCUGAAGUCCAUCAGAAUUCCUAUCUUGUUCAAGCGCCAUCUAUGCAUAUAGAGAUUACCAGUAAUUUUGUAUUGUGUAAACUGUUGCUUGGUAUUAGAGUUGUCGUCCCACUGGAAUGACUAGAGAUCAGAAUUUAAACAAACAGUUUGACAUUUUGGGAAAUAAGCUUAUUCAUGGUUUUUUUUGCAGAGGUUAGAUGAGAAGCUCAUUACCACAGGAAUAAAGACCAGGGGAAGACAGUUGCUUUGCUCUUUCUGUAUAGAAAAAGAAACAGCCAAACAUUUAACAUUCAUCCUAAUAGCCUCGCAGGGAGCUGGACUCAAUCCCAGCCAUCUAAAGGGGUCUCCAGUCUAUCACAAGACCAAAAAAGUUAACAUUUAUAUCAAGUUUGUUUGAACCUUAUUUUAAAAAGCGCUAGGGGAAGAAACAGUCUGACACAUCAUUUUCUUUUUCACACUUUGUCUACAAAUGAAAAUGUGAUAAUUACUUACCUUAAAAAGCGCUAAUGCCUGGGUUAGGAUACCUUUAAAAGUAGCUACACUAGCUGAUCCUACCUGACAUGAAACAAUCUGACAAAUGGACCAGUAGUGAUCACAUUAAGAGAAUUAUAGAUCUGCUUCUCCCAGUAGCUCUACAUCUGUUUUGGUUCCCUCUCACCACUCUCAUGACACCAUUUUCUGUUUCCGAGACACCUGAAAAGCAGGCACUACCUCCCGAUCAGCACCAAACAGCAGAUAUACACAUUUACUGUAGCAGCUGGUGAUAACAGUGGAGCAUUUAGCAGCUAAAGGACCAGAGAUUUCCCUUAGGAGUUGGUAGAUCAAAUCACACAGUUACUAAAGCAGAGUAAAUACUGGAUUUACAUUUGCCAGAAGAUAGUCAUGAAUGUGAUAAACGCUAAUAUUCUAUCAUUGGUUAUGUAAAUAAGUUCACAAUGUCAGCUGUGCCCACAGCUUGUUUCCUCUGCCUCAGAUGGCUAAACAAUUUCACAGUAAUUCUGAUCUCCAACUUGCCUAUUUAAUGCUUUUUAAGUUUGCUUUCCAAAAUGUCAAACUUUUCCUUCGAAGCAGCUCAGCACAAUGUAGUUAUGUAUUUCCAAACUGAUUAUGUAUAUAAAUCCAGUGAAUCAACUGUGACGGAAGCUUAGAGGAUUUCAGGUCACUAUGGUUUCAAACUAUUUUUGUGAAGGUCAAAGCAGUUUUUAAAUUGUACAUGUUUUACUAUUUAAGUGGACGCACAGAACUAUAUACAGUACCUUUAUUCCCAGAUGGAUUAUUGAAAACCUUUAGAAUGUACUUUAAUGACCCAAACGUCACCCACAGUAGAAACCACUAGUCGCUGUCCUCUGCUGACUCUGAAAUCAUGUCAAAGAAUGUGCCACAGAUAUUUGUUUUCUUUGCAACUUGAAAUACUGUAUUUUGUGUUUCUAAAAGGAAGUGUGCAUUACUUGAAGUUCUGUGUGUAUACUUGAAUUUACACUGUAUUUUUUUUUUCUAUGAAAAUAUUGUUGCCAUGUCUUCAUUCUUGCUAUCGAUAGGCCACACAUUUGUUUGUUUUUAGUAUUGCAUGUUAGUAAAUAAGAAUGUAAUUCUUGGCUGAGCACUUUACUAAUAAAGGCAAUGGAGCCAA